AUGGUCCCAUCCUUGGAAGAAUUGCCGAUCCGCACCACCAAGCUAGAAGAGAAGAAGAGGACGAUCUGCCCGGCCGGAAAGAGAGACUUCGAGUACAACACCAUCGAGACCUCGAGCACGCCCGCCCAUCAGGUCGUCAAGGGCGAGGUUUCUUUCAACAUCUCCAACCCUGCCCUGUUGUCUCUCCAGUCUACCUCUGGCUGCAUUGCCCAGUCCUACAAGUUCCCCAACUACUUCUACGACAGCGACGUUUACCACUGCGUCGACCCGGACUCCGACUCCAAGACCAAGACGGCCUUUACCUUUGACUCUGCCAGCGGCCUCCUCAGCAUCAACCAGUCUUGGACCUGCCCCGACACCACCGAGACCAUGUCCUUCAUCGCCUCGGGCGCCGUCAAUCUGACUUUGACCACGACUCCGACCGUCUACAGCAACCCCAACUGGCACGUGGGCGAGACUUUCCACAACAGCUCCAAAUACAGCACCGCUGUGGACGGACCUAUCAUGGCAUUCCAGGUUGAUCGCGUUGCCUAA